ACACCGAAUCAUUUUUUGGCAUAUUCCUUCUACAUAUUGUUUGGCUGUUGAGGGUUUUUGUCGAUUCUCCAUUUCCUUGUUGCUUCGUGCCCACUUUUGUUACAGCACCCAGUACACCUGAUCUCUGCCCUCCCUCUGCCGCAGCAACUCUCCAAAAUGAGUGGGACCAGUCGGCACCCGGAGGUUCUGUGGGCGCAGCGCUCCGACAAGGUGUACCUGACGGUGGCGCUACCGGAUGCCAAAGACAUCACCGUCAAGUGCGAGCCUGAGGGAUUCUUCAGCUUCUCCGCCGUGGGAGUCCAAGGCGAGCCCUUUCACUUCACUCUCGAGCUGUACGGUCCAAUAACCCCUGAUGGCUGCAAAACCAGAACUGGGUUGCGGAACAUUCUCUGCUCGAUCCAGAAGGAGCAGAGAGGUUGGUGGAAGCGGUUGCUGAAGACGGAAGAGAAGCCGGCGCCCUACAUUAAAGUUGAUUGGAACAAAUGGUGCGAUGAGGACGAGGAAGCUGAUUUGGCCCCCGAUGAUGAUGAUGAUGAUACGUAUGUUGGUCAAGAUGGUGGAAGCAGUGACGAUGACGGAAUGCUCUAUCUUCCGGACCUGGAGAAGGCGAGAAAGUAGGAAAACGGCGAUGAAGUAGUGAGUAGCAAGCAACGAUAUGGGAUGGACAGCAAGGGGCUCUUAUUAGGUAGAUUAGAAUAGUAGACGGAAAGUUUGUUAAACUUGAUGGAAGGCGAAAUACUUUGACAUGACAGAUCCUUUGUAACUAUUUGAUCAUAUCCUCCUCAUGCUCUAAACUUAGUAUUAUCUUUGGUUCUAA